AUGUCGACGCGAGCCAACUCCGUCCCUCAUCCCACUCUGGUCAAGGGCCUCCAUAACCGCUGGCACCCCGACAUCCCCGCGGUCGCGAUCGUGAAGCCGGGAGAGGUAUUCAAGAUCGAAUGCGUCGACUGGACCGGCGCCCAGAUCGGCAACAACGACAACAGCGACGACAUCAAGAACGUCGACCUGACGAAGAUCCACAACCUCUCGGGCCCGAUCGCCGUCGAGGGCGCGGAACCCGGCGACUGCCUCGUCGUCGACAUCCUAGAUGUCACGCCGUUCGAGCAGAUGCCGUGGGGGUACACCGGCAUCUUCGAGCUCGAGAACGGCGGCGGCCUCUUCGCCCGCGAGUUCCAGAGCCGCGCCUGCAAGGCCAUCUGGGACUUCAAGGGCAUCUACGCGACCUCGCGGCACGUCCCGGGCGUGCGCUUCGCGGGCACCGCGCACCCGGGGCUGAUCGGCACCGCGCCGUCCGCAGAGCUGCUCGCGACGUGGAACGCGCGCGAGGGCGCGCUGCUCGCCGCGCACGCGGGCGCGGUCCCGCCCGUCGCGUUCCCGCCCGAGCCGCGCGGCGCGUACGUCGGCCAGGACCUGUCCGAGGACACGCGCGCGCGCGUCGCGCGGGAGGGGGCGCGCACGGUGCCGGGGCGCGAGCACGGCGGGAACUGCGACAUCAAGAACCUGUCGCGCGGGUCGAGGUGCUACUUCCCCGUGUUCGUGCCGGGCGCCAACCUGUCCGUCGGGGACCUGCACUUCUCCCAGGGCGAUAUGUCGUUCUGCGGCGCGAUCGAGAUGGCGGGGAUCAUCACGUUCAGCACGAGCGUCAUCAAGGGCGGCGUGGACAAGUUCGCGCUGAAGCAGCCGAUCUUCCUGCCGUCCCCGAUCGACCCGCUGUACUCGUCGAAGCUCGUGUUCGAGGGCAUCAGCGUGGACUACCACGGAGACGGGACGCAGUACAACAUGGACGCGACGGUGGCGUACAAGCAGGCGGCGCUGAACGCGAUCGCGUAUCUGCAGAAGCUCGGCUUCAGUAAGUUAAUUCCGCACAUCCUGCUCUCCGCCGCGCCCGUCGAGAGCCACGUCGGCGCGAUCGUGGACUCGCCCAACGCGUGCGUGACGCUCGCGCUCCCGGUGGGGAUAUUCGACUUCGACAUUCUGCCGCGGGACGAGGGCCUGACGCGGCGCGAUCUCGGGCAGUGCGCGAUUCGCAGCGACGGGGUGCUGUGA